CCCAGUAGGAAGUGACGUGACCAGACGGAAAAUUUACUUUUUGAUCGGUCGAUCAGUUGCUUGUUAAUCAUUGUCCUAAAAUAGACAGUCCAAUAUUGUUAACUUUACAAGAACAACACCAUGUUGAACGUCAGUCAGAAUCUUGACAGCUAAACACAGGAAUUAAUCGUCAGAAAAUAAGAAAAAAGGAAAAUCAGACCGCCAUUUUAUCAAACCAAAAACACUUCUUCAAGUUAUGGCGAAAAAGACAUAUGAUUUAUUGUUUAAGUUACUUUUAAUUGGCGAUUCUGGAGUAGGGAAAACAUGUUUACUAUUUAGAUUUUCAGACGAUGCUUUUAAUACAACAUUUAUAUCAACAAUAGGUAUAGAUUUUAAAAUUAAAACUGUAGAAUUAGGAGGAAAGAAAAUUAAAUUACAAAUAUGGGACACCGCUGGUCAGGAACGAUUUCACACAAUAACCACAUCCUAUUACAGAGGAGCAAUGGGAAUUAUGCUAGUCUAUGACAUAACAAAUCAUAAAACUUUUGAAAAUAUUACUAAAUGGUUACGAAAUAUUGAUGAGCAUGCAAAUGAAGAUGUAGAAAAAAUGAUUUUGGGAAAUAAGUGUGACAUGGAUAGUAAGAGACAAGUGUCAAAAGAUAGAGGAGAUGCUAUUUCAAAAGAACAUGGUGUACCAUUCUUAGAAACUAGUGCUAAAGCUAAUGUAAAUGUAGAAAAAGCAUUUAUGGACCUAGCACAAGCAAUUUUGAACAAGACACCUGGCAGAGAAAUGGAACCAAGACAAGGAGUAGAUAUGACUACAAAAAAGCAAUCAUCAGGUGGCUGUUGUUGAUAGUAACCAACAGUGCUCUAAUGGUAUCAGUUUAUACUGGUACCUUCUUUAUUCCAUCAGAGAACAGUUCUUACAUUAAUCAUCUUACUGUUUUGUCAUUUACAUGGUGACAGAAAUGACCUUGUCAAAUGUUUCUAAAAGCAGUUGUCAUGCUUAUUUUAUUUUAAAAACUUAUGAUUAAUAUGACAGCUUAGCAAUGAGAUGUGAAAACUGUAUUUAUAUUACUAUCAUAUCUGUUUCAGAAGGUUCAUAAAAUUACUUUACAUAAAGCAUUUCUUUCACAAUAUAACUAAAUCAGUAAUCUUUGGUACUUGGUAUUUUUAAAACACCACACUGGUUGCUAGACUUUCUAAAAAUAUAAAUCUUUUAAGAAUUUGAAUGGUAUGUAAUGGUAUAUGACAUAUGAACAAAACGCUAAAUGUUGCAAACAUUGUAUACUAUAGUCCGAAGAUUUUGUCCACUUGUUAUACUUCAGAAAUGGGUGAUAAAAUUACUUGUCUUUAGAUUUUGCUAUUUUCCAACUUCAUUUUUCUAUCUUGAAAAAAUAUACAGUGCAAUAAUUAUGCAAAGAUUGAAAUGCUUAAAAGUAUUAAAGGGGCAUUAGCUACAAGAUAUAAAAAAAAUAAAAUAUGAUUAUUUUUUUUUGGUGCAAUCAUUAAUGAAAGUGAAAUAGUGAAAUGAUAAUUCGCUUUUAGCAUCCAAUUUGGUUCCAUUUUGUCAAAAUAAGCUAAGAAACAUCACUGAUGAAUUAUUUACUUGCAAGUGAAUAAUUCGACCUCAUUGAAUCCGUAUUCAUGUGACCUUCAAUUUAACCCCUUAGCUAAAGAUGGGUUACGCAUGAAUUAGGCGUGUUCAGUUAUUAAAAGGAAUAGAAUGUUAACACUGAAAGUGAAACAAGGUUAAACCAUUUGAUUGACUGAUUCGAUCCACAAAAGCUCAUUCUUAUACAGGUAAAAACGAUGAUUAACAUAUAUUUUUAACCUAUAAUAUGAAAUCAAACAGACCUAGAAAAAUCCAAUAGCAUGAGUUUGCUAUCUAUUUAUAUCUAUAUUUAUGUUUAUAUCGGUUAUAUGACUGUUGGCAGUCUUCAGGGGUCACCUUGAUGAAUAAAUAGGUGGCGUCUAGACUAAAAUACACACGAAAUAUGAGAAUUUGAGUCAAAUCGGUGAACAUGAAUUUGACAGCUAAUGCCCCUUAAGAACUGACCAAUAUUUUCCAACAGGGAUAGGAAAUUUAGGGCUGAAAAUUAAGAAGUUUAUAAAAGGCAAACUUGAAAAUAUGAUGGUAUGUUUUUCUUAUUUAUAGACCAUCUUACUGUAAAAAUGUAACUAUACAAACUAUUGCUUAAGAUGUUUGAUAGUAUUCCUGACAGCUUUCCUAUUUUCAUAUGUCAGGACUAUAUAUGUCCUAAAUUCAGCAUUUAAUAAAUGUGCAAAUUGGGUCUGAUUUUGCGUCACUAAAUGAAAAAACAUUGGGAUUCAAAAUUUGCAUUACCAACAUUUCUCCUUACAAACCGUUACAACAUGAUUUUCUAUAUAAUGCAAAAGAUUCCAAAUACAAUGUAGGGCUUUUCCAUUCAAAUAUAAAUAUGGGAAGACAGUUUCAAAAUCUAAACUAUCUGCUGGUGUCAAAAUACUCUCAUGUAUUAUGAAAAUAUAAGUGAAAUUCAAAAAUUGCCUCCUUAGGUGGUUCCCCUAUUUGAUGUGCAUCCACUGGUAACAAUGUAUGUUUUAAUGGAAGUAUAAUGCUGCAUAAGGCAGAACAAUAUAUUGUUAUUGACACUAAUCUAAAUUCACACUAUACAUGCUAUAACUGUUGCUUGAAAAAUUUGCAUUUAAUUCUGUUAGCAGUUUUUGACUACAAUAUAAUUUUCAAUUUGACUUACAAGCAGAUUUUGUUGAUUUAGAAUGUUUAAUGUAUUCAUGUAUAAUAUGUGCAGAUAUGAACAUUGUACUCUGCAAUGCUAUUCUAAUGAUUGAUUUGUCAGGCAUAGAUGUAUGUAAUAUUUUAAUGAAAAAUUAUGUGCUUGUUAAUAUAUAUAUAUUUUUUUAAAGCUGUGAGGGAAAAUUUUUUCACAAACAUUUCCAAAUUUUCAAAUUGGUAAAAUCUUUAUUGAAAGAACACACUAAAAAUUUGAGCUAUUCCUGAAAAUUAUUAGGAAAAGGUGGGACAAGGUUUAAAGUCCUCUUGAACCAACUAAUCUUGGAAUGCAUAUUAUAUGUAAUGGAAAUCUUACAUAUUAAAGAUAUGAACUAGUGCCUUCCAGCCCUUUCACACAUUUCUUUCCUUAAAUAACUUAUCAUAUUGCUUUCAAACAUAUUAAGUUCUGAAAUCUCUAAUAUGUUUGUCACUUCAAAAAAAAUUUAGUAAUAAAUUGUAAAAUAUUAAAUUUAUCUUCAUCUGGUAUAUUAUACUGACCAUUGUUUGUUAAUACUAUGUUCAGAAGCCAAAUAUAACAUUACAACUGUUCAUCAUAAUUUUUUUCUUCAGGAAAGUAUAAUGUAGGAUAAACAAAAUUAAAUCCAAAAUUGUAUAAAGAUGCUGAACCGAAUUCUGAAGUUCAGAGUUUUUACAAAAUGAGAAGUUUAUAUUUUCAUUGUUUACUUAAUACACCAUACAUAAGUUCAUGUUGAUAUCAAGUAGAUAUAUACACUGUAUGCCAGCUCGGUUGAAAUAUUUGCAAAAGUCUACUUUAUAUAAUAACUGCUUCAAAACUGAUUUCAUUUAUAUCCAAAAUCAUGUUUACAACAAAUGUAAGGAUAUUUUUACUUAUUGGUAUUUAGUUUUACAGGCCAGAUCAAGAAGUCCCGGUCGAUUUGUGUUCAAUUAAAUGGUCAUAUAACCUUAUAAAACAGGCCACCCUUUAAACCAGAUACCUACAGUCAUGCCGACCGACUGAUUACUGUUCACCUGUCACAUUUAUUUCAUUACCCAAGCUAUUUAUGCUAUGACAAAUUAAGAUAUUUACAAAUGUUAUUACAUGUUACUACUGUAAAUUCAGAAAUUAUUGCGUGCAUUUAUUAUUGCGAUUUUAGAGGAAGAGACAAAAAUGCGAGAUUAAUUAUUGCGAAUUCAGAAUCAUCUGCAUAAAGAUAUGUGUAUAAGAUUUCGGAAUGCGAUUUCUUAUUAUUGCGUUACUCAACCAGUCGCAUUAUUCGCAUUAAUAAAAACCUCGCAAUAAUUUCUGAAUUUACAGUAUUAAUUGGUAGAACAUUUUGAUAAACUGUUAAAGAAAUACCAUUAAAGUAUGGUAUAUUUUAUUUAUUUUCUGCAAAAUAAAAAAAAAUAAUUUAUUAUAGAAUAGAAGUUGUAGAUGUAUUUUAUGACACAUAUGAUAUACACAACUAAAAUUCACAGAGGAAAACUUAUAUUUUGAUUAAAGUAAAAUACAUUUUCAAAUAUACUCAAAACACAUAAUGAAGGGAAGUAACUCUUGAUGAUUUCAAUUUUCCACAAACCGACCACCCCCGCAAAAAGGGUGUUUUCCGUGGUCCAAUGGGCGGCCGGUUUUGAGAGGUUUCACUGUACAACAUAAUAGCCUUUGAAAUUUCCUGUAAUACCUGAAAAGAAGAUUGCAUGUUGUUCCCAUUGAUAAGAAUUAUUAUGUAACUGGUUUAUUAAUGUUUUACUGGUUUUACUGCAAAACAGUGAUGCAAAAGUCUCUAUCAAUUAAAGACAAUAGUAACACAUAUAAGUGAAAGGUUAUGAUCCAACCUGGAUGAUCUAUGAUAAGUGAAUACAUUUUGAUAAGGGUAUUUAAAACUAAUGUAUUCUACUCUGAAGUUUCUAUUCCCUGUUUAUUUUUGUAACUAAAAAAGGAAGAGACAAUUUGUUGAUGAAAUGGCCAUCUUGAUGAAAUGUGGAAACAAUGAAAUACAUCUUUUUAUGAUGUUCAUAUGUAGAUAUGUAUAUUUGAUAUAUAUAUAAACUAACAUAGUAUAAGCAUUUACAAAAUAACUAAAAUACUGAAUAGAAAACAUCAAAUAUUUUUCAACCAGAAGACUUGUUUAUUAUUUGCUGUGAUAUUUGGGCUGUAAUGUUAUGAAACUUGGUAUGUACACUUGAUCAUUUUACAGAUAGUCAUCAAUAUCAUGCAGAAUAUGUCUAAGUGAUGAAAUUUUAUUCUAUCAUUUUGUUACGUUGAAAUUUUGUAUUUUUGUUUAUCAUAAGUGAUUUUCUUAAUGAUGAUUCUUAUGCAACAUUAUUUGAAAAGUAAAAUUAUUUAAAAAUUAAAAAAAGAAUAUAUUCAUUGAUAAUCCACUCUUAUACGUUAAAAGAAAGAGUUAUUUAGAUUAUCAGACUUUGAAUGGCAUUUACUAGCCAGCUGUCAACCUAUGCACAACAUGUAUUUUUUAGACAAGAAUGGUUGUAGGUUUGAAAUUGUGUAGGAUAAACUGAUAUUUUCCAUUAAAUUUUAAGUCUAUGAUUAUUUUAAUAUGACGCACGAAGAGUCUGAAAGAACAACACAAUAUAACUUAUGGUCUGCUUGUAAUUUUAAUGAAUCAUUAUCAUUUUGUGUAUUCUAUAUUCUUGUACAAAGGGAUAUGUAAAUUAUGGAGCUGUCUCCCAUGGAAACAGAAAGGGGGACACAAAUUAUGAUGAGUUUGACAUACAUAUAUUCUAUUCCCCAAAAAGAUCCAAUUUAAUUGUUGCCUGUUUUGAUUUUAUCUGCAUUGGUAGUUGUUAGACUCUAGAGAAAGAAAACAUUGGUAAACUUGUGAAAUACAAUCCAUAAAUUCAAUAAUUAAUCCAAAAAUGGAUGAUGGGCAUCAAUAAUGUAAAAUUGAUUAGGUAAUUUGAGCUUUUUAUUUAUAGUUUUCUAUAGCCAAGCUUUUUUUAUUACAUUUCCAUAAAGAUUUUCAUUUUUUGAACCAUUUCAUUUGUCAUUACAUUGUUUGUAGUGUUCACAGCAAAAGAAAAAAAUUCCUAAUUAUUUUUUGAGGAAGUGAUACAGUAUUCAAGAUUUCUUUCUCAGAUUACUAUGUGGUCUUGCGUUUUGAAUGUAGACAUUUCAUUAAUGCUGAAAUAAUGGAAAUGAAAUAAGAACACUUAAUUCAUAUUUUAAAUGACCAAUUGAUGACUGCUUUAUGCAUCAUCUACCUAAUUUUCAAGCUGCACAUUAUUUUUAUAUAACUGAUCCAUCUUCAUUGAAGUAGUGUAAUCCAAUGACACGUUGUCAGAUGUGGUAAUGACAAGCUCCAAGGACUCUAAUUUGAAAAAAUGCUGUAACAUCAUUUGAUUACUUAACUAUUUAAAGAAAUUAAUUUCUUAAUGCAAAGCUUUUUUAUUGCUUUUUUUUUGGGUAAUAGUUGGGUAUAAUUUUUGGAGAUUUCUGUGUUAAUUUGUCAUGGGUUACAUAAACAAAGACAAAUCUGAAUAUAUUUUGAAGGCCGUUUAAGCUUAGUUAUAAACAGAAAAUUCAUUUUGCAUCAAAGCAUUAUGUUUUGUUUUACAGAUUAAAAAAUUUGAACUGAUUUUAGACUGAACCUUUAUGAUGAAAUUUUACUAGAUUAAGAAUGAAUAAUUCAUAAUAAUUUGAUUCUGUAAUCCUUACAUUAGUAUGACAUUAACUUGGUUAAACAAAGCAAAUUAUGGCAGGUCUGUGUUCAUUGUUACCAAUGAGAACUAAAUUGUAUGUCAGUUAACACAUGUAGGUAUUAUUGAUAUUUAAGUUUCAACUGCUAUUAUUAUUUUUUAUAUGCUAUUAACAUCACUGUAUAAAUCUCCAGUGAUGUAAAUUAUGAGAUACUGUCAUUACACUCAUGUCUAUAAUUAAUAAAGGAAUUUUAAUAUAUUA